AUGUAUUAACCAAUAUUGCAAAAUUAAGAAUUAAUUAUUGGACCCCCUGAAAUUCCUAUUUCAAGUAAAGCAUUAAGCCAAUUUAGUUGAAUAUAUGGCAUAAUAGCCUUAGUGUUAACCUUUGAUUUAAAGCCAAGAUAAAAGGAAAUUUUUGGUUCUUUUGAUGCUAAUUUGCUUUUGCUAAACAGGCUUAGAACUUGCAAUUACAUUAGUUUCUGCUUAUUCUUAAAACAUCAAAGAUUUGAAGCUAUCUUUUGCCAUACCAAUGUUUAUUUUUCUAAUAAUAGCUUAGUUACUAUUAUUGUAGAUAAUAAAAUCAAAACCAUAAAUUAGGAAUGUAAUAAACUAUAAAUAAUUAGACUUUAUUCAAAGAAGUUNCAUUUAAUAUAUACUUAAGAUUCUUUAUUUCAUGA